AUGGCCACUACUGCGCAGAUACCAGUUAAGGGGUUGGUGUGUCCAGACCAGCAGAACUUGUUCUACCCUGAGCUGCUGUCACGGCAGUACCAAGGGGACAUCCUGAUGCCGGCCCACGACGAUUCCCGGAAUGCCAUCACUCUCGAUAACUACAAGUGGCCCAAAGGAAUCGUUCCUUAUGAGUUCAACUCAACGUUUGAUGAUCCAGAAGAGCAGAAGACGGUCCGCAAAGCCAUGGACGCCAUAGAGAGUAAAACCUGUAUAAAAUUUGUGACGCGAGAAAGUCAAGCGGAAUACAUCAGCAUCAACCGAGAAAAGGUAAUCAAAUAUACUUAA